AUGGGGCCCCUGAGCAAUAGGGGAUCACAUGGGGCCCCCUGUGUCCUCGCCCACACCCAAAAAAGCCUAUGGAAAAAGCCAAUGAAAAAUGGGUACCAGGGGCAUCUCAUGGGGCCCCCUACUGAUUCCCGGGCCCUCGGGCAGUGCCCCGAGUGCUCGAAUGGUCAGUCCACACCUGGGGCGGACUGACAACUCAUGGGGUCCCCCGGGCAAUAGGGGAUCAUGGGGCCCCUGUGUCCUUGGCCAAACUAAAAAAAAAACUAUGAAAAAGGUACCAGGGGCAUGUCAUGGGGCCCCCUAUUGAUCCCGGGCCCUUUGGCAGUGCCCGAGUUUCCAAAUGGUCAGUCCACCCCUGGCUGUAACACAUAUCCACAUUA